ACAUACCGGCAAGUACCCACUGAGGAACGACACCACACACACACAUGCCUUCGUUUUGUCUCGAGGGAGGAAAAUAAAGAAGUUUAAUUCGUUAUCGAUGUUGGGUUAGAGUACAGAAUCGCAUGUGCACAGUGAGAGUCUUGAAGAAUACGAUGGACUAGAUCAAAACAAAAACUAACGAAGACACUUUUCGAGCCCUAGAAUUCAUUCAGCUUUGUGAAAGUAUGAUAUCAGUGUUGUAGAGAGAACGCGUAUACGAGCAAUAGCAAAUAACGGAAUAUGGGUCCAUGGGUUCGGUUUCUCGCUUCGUCUGCAGGCAUUUGCGAAUGAAUCUGGUGAUGGAAAGCGGGUGCACAAACCGUGGCGAAGGGCCGCUGCGAUGUGUAAUACUGCCGCGUAGUCCGCAAGUGAAGGCAACCUGCCCCUUGCAUAAACCUGUGGAUGUCGUGAGGCAAGGAUGCACACCUCCAGCCGCGUUUAACCUCAAAGCGUUGCCAUGCAUACCAGGCUCGAAGGGAGGGGCGGUUACGAGAGUAUGCCAAAUCACAUUCGCUUUCAUCGGCUUCAUGAUCAUCAUAAAAAUUCGCGGCUACCACUCCAUCACCGCUUUCCAAUACUUCGUGACAGCAACCAUGUUUCAAUGUAUUUGGAGCGCAGUCUUGCUGGCAGUGGACAUUUACGCAAUACAUACGGAGUCCUGCCUCCAUUACUGUUGUCUAGUCAACUUGUUUGCCAUCGGUGACUGGGUAACGUCCAUGAUGGUGUUUGCAGCUGCUUGCGCAGUAGCAGGAAUCUCAACCCUAAUUGACGACGAUUUGAACCAGUGUCCACAAAAUCAUUGUACAAGGUACGAAGCAGCAGCAGCGAUGGCAUUCUGUGCUUGGUUCUUCUCCACUAUCUCAUUGUUCUACUCUUUCAGGCUGCAAACUCUCCAAUAUGCAUGACUUGUGAACACAAGCACCUGCUCAGUCAAACAGGUUUUGGCUUUCACUUGACAUGCUCAUUUGUACUUAACUAUGAACCAAAGAGUGGUUUAGGGUUGGGAAGCCUCUGCUUGUACAAAUGCCAUCACACACAGAAUGCAUCAUUCCUAAGGUUGAGGUUGUCUGUAACAUAGUUUUUUGAAAAGCCCAUGUUAUUGAAAAAAAUAAACUCUAGAAAAAGAAAAACAAAAGAAGCAAUGAGCACAGACCUAAACUUUCAUCAAGUUUCUACCAUGCAAGUCUAAUGCAGUUUUGAAGGUCUCAACUAUGCUACCAAUGUUAAUGAGAUAUUAGUAGGUAUUGAAGGAAGAGAAUGGAUUGACGGAAGUAUGUUUAGAUAUUGCUACAAACACAGGUAAAUUCUUUAAAUACUAAACCCCUGUAGUUGUCACGGAAAAUAUGUGAAAAUGUUUAUAAUAGAGAUUGGAUACAUCUCCAAUAACAAUAAUAAUAAUAAUAAAACAAAAUGUUGUAAAA